AUGGAAUAUGAAACCGUACAGUAUUACCACUCACAGCCCAUAAACCAUGAAUGGCUAAACUAUCCAUUUAUUACAGACAAAGAUACUGUUCAGCUCAUAGAACAGUCUAAAGUAAUGUUUCUAAUGAGAGGAUUGUCAGGGUCUGGUAAAUCUACCGUCGUUAAAAAAAUACAAACUAUCUAUCCUUCUAAUAUUGUCUGUUCAGCCGACAAUUGCUUUCUAGAUGAAAGAGGGAAUUAUAAUUAUGAUUUUAACAAACUCAGCAAUGCUCAUGAUUCCUGUAAAGAAAUGGCCAAGAUAAAUUGUCAGAGAGGUGUUCAGACAGUUAUUAUUGAUAAUACUAAUGUCAAAUAUUGGGAAGCUAAGUAUUAUUUUAAUCUGGCCUACUUAUAUAACUAUAUUGUGAUCAUAGUAACUCCAAAAACACCAUGGCAAUUCAAUGCUGAGGAACUUUGUAGAAGAAAUAAACAUGGCGUUGAUUUAAUUACUAUUCAUCGUAAAUUGAACACAUUUGAAGAUUUUAUUCCCUUCUUUUAUGGAUGGUUUUUAAAUGAAACUCUGUCCAAAGUUCUGGUAGAUAUGGGAAUGGAAUAUUUAAGAGAUUGUUUAGAACUAUACCCUACAUUCAAAUCAAAUCUGCUGUCAAGAUUAGCUCAUGUGAUGAGUGAUGGUAAUAUACUGAAAGACUACUUCACAAGAGAUCAGAAUAGACAUAUUUUACAUUGUACAGCUAAAUAUGUUGGUAAAGGUCGUCAUUAUGGUGGUAAACAAUACCAUUCUCGCAAAGAUGUUAAGAAUGCUUAUGCUUAUGCCUUCACCCUUACUUUGUUUGGUUUUACCUUUACUGGUAACACAUUAGGUGCUCGAAUUCAUCUUCCGAAAGAAGCUCUUGAUAUCUUUGACAAACCAGAAGAAUUACAAAGAGAUUCUAAGCCUGCAGAAUCUCCUCUGAGAGUAUCUCCAACAAAGUCUCCAAAAAUGAAAAGCAGAAAUUCAACUGGAAAGUCAUCAGAAGGAAAUUUUGAUGAUUGGGCAAAUUCCAGAAUGAGUACUCUUUCUGGCUCAUAUUCAGUACCUGUCUCCUCAGAGAAAAGUUCUUCACCUACAAAAAACAUCCCAGCUAUAACUAAACUCUAUCCUUUUGUCCGUCCUAAUGCACAUGGUAGAUCAGCUCACAUGACUCUGGGAACAGCAUAUAAUAUACCAUCUAAAGAAACUAAUAUUGAUUUGUUGGAUAUCUGUGAUAUGGAAGCUAAAGCCUCUGCUGACCCAACUGAUUUUCAGGCUGUCAAAGGAGGUAGAGCUAGAUGUUAUGAUGAAAACCAUUGUUGUAUUUAUUUAGAUAAACCUUAUAAUCUAAGUGUACUUUUCACUGGGUCCUAUUGA